UUGGUGCCCCACUUGUGCGGGUUGUUCUUGAGGUAUUGGCGGGUCGGGUUGUUUCGGUUGCGGGAGGGUAUGACGCCUUCAUCGAACGAUACGACCGGCGGUGUAGUAUAUCCUCGCGGGAAGGUUUCCUGCAGCGUCUUGACCACGGAGCGCACCUUCCACGCCCUGUCCGAUGCUGCUUGA